CACAUGCACUUUCACACUCACAAGAUCUGCGUAAUUCAGUCGUCGUGAUGCAGAAGAUUUUCCGGAUCGACCGAACAACCAAUUCACUUCUCGAUCAUCGCUAGCUUCAUGCGUUCUGAACUCUUCUUCAACUCAUGAUAUAUACGCGUGUAUACAUCGUAUUGUAAUCUACAAUAAUUCUCAGCUUAAUUACGAAUGCUUUGAUUCGAGAAUGGCGGCGUCGAAUGGAAGCGAGUAUUUCGAGCUCGAUAUCGAGUUUGAGGCGGACAGCUCGUUUCCUCGGCCAUCUAAUGCUGAGUCGGUGGCCGGGGACGAGGCGGAGCUGCGACGGGCGGCGAUCGAGCGGCUUCCGUCACAGAGACGUUCGAGUUUAGCUUCACUGACGCGGACACCGGAGGAGCCCGACGGCGUCGGAGAGAGCACCGACACCUUCGAUGUUCGGAAGCUCGAUCGGUCCAAUCGCGAACUUCUUGUUAGGAGAGCGCUCGACACCACCGAUCAGGACAAUUUCAAACUACUUUAUGGCAUCAAAGAGCGCCUCGAUAGAGUCGGUUUGGAAAUUCCGAAAAUUGAAGUCCGAUUUGAGAACCUACAGAUCUCUGCCAAUGUACAAAUAGGUUCCAGAGCCCUUCCUACUUUGGUGAAUUAUACUCGCGAUAAGCUUGAGCAUCUACUCACUAAACUGCGAAUAUGCAAACCAGAGAGACAUAAACUUACCAUCCUGAAGAACAUCAGCGGUGUUAUACAACCAGGAAGGAUGACACUGCUUUUGGGCCCUCCAGGUUCUGGAAAAUCUACCUUACUUAUGGCUCUAGCUGGGAAACUUCAGGGUGGCCUUAAGAAAAGUGGCACUAUCACAUACAAUGGUCAUAAGUUCGAUGAUUUCUUUGUUCAAAGGGCUUCCGCUUAUAUAAGCCAGACAGAUAGUCACAUUGCGGAACUAACUGUAAGAGAAACACUAGACUUUGCUGCUAGUUGCCAAGGUUCAAGUGAAGGUUUUUCAGGAUAUAUGAAGGAUCUCACGCUGCUCGAGGAGGAAAAAAAUAUUCGUCCCCGCCCAGAGAUAGAUGCUUAUAUGAAGGCAUCAUCCCUUGGUGGUGAAAAACACAGUGUGUCAACUGAUUACAUCCUCAAAAUUCUUGGCUUAGAUGUAUGUUCGGAUAUUCUUGUUGGUAAUGACAUGCUCAGGGGUGUUUCUGGUGGACAAAAAAAGAGAGUUACGACCGGAGAGAUGGUGGUUGGGCCACGGAAAACACUUUUUAUGGAUGAAAUAUCAACAGGACUAGAUAGCUCUACAACAUUCCAAAUUGUCAAAUGUACAAGGAAUUUUGUUCAUUUUAUGGAAGGAACAGUACUGAUGGCUCUUCUUCAGCCAGCGCCAGAGACUUUCGAGCUUUUUGAUGAUCUCAUACUACUCUCUGAAGGAUACCUUGUAUAUCAGGGACCACGUGAAGAAGUUAUAGACUUUUUUCAGUCACUUGGUUUUCUGUUACCUCCUCGUAAGAGUAUUGCUGAUUUUUUGCAAGAGGUAACAUCAACAAAGGAUCAGGCCCAGUACUGGGGUGAUCGUUCUAAACCAUAUGAGUUUAUUCCGGUUUCAAAAAUUGCUGAAGAGUUUAGGAAUUCGAAAUAUGGCCAAAACGUGGCGUCUUUCCUCUCCCAUCCAUAUGACAUAUCUAAAAAUCACCCUUCAACUCUGCCCAAAGCAAAGUAUGCCGUACCAAGAAUGGAGCUCUUUAAAGCAUGUUUUUUCAGAGAGUUACUUCUGAUAAACAGACAUCGUGCCCUAUACAUCUUCAGAACAUGCCAGGUUGCUUUUGUAGGACUCGUGACAUGUACAAUGUUUCUUCGAACGAGACUACAUCCUACUGACGUGAAAAAUGGCGAGCUUUAUCUUUCAUGCCUAUUCUUCGGCCUAGUGCAUAUAAUGUUCAAUGGAUUUUCUGAGCUGCCACUUAUGAUUUUUAGACUUCCAGUGUUCUACAAGCAGAGAGAUAAUCUUUUCCAUCCUGCAUGGGCAUGGUCUCUACCGAGCUUCAUACUUCGCCUGCCUUACUCUGUGAUUGAAGCUACAGUAUGGUCUUGCAUAGUAUAUUAUGCUGUAGGAUUUACUCCUGAAGCUGGAAGGUUUUUGCGUUAUAUGUUUGUACUCUUUUCUGUGCACCAAAUGGCAUUGGGACUCUUCAGGACAAUGGCUGUGCUGGCAAGAGAUAUCAUCAUUGCUAAUACUUUUGGGUCAGCUGCAUUAUUGAUAUUCUUUUUGUUAGGUGGAUUUAUUCUACCAAAGGGGAUGAUUAAACCAUGGUGGUUGUGGGCAUUCUGGGUGUCUCCACUGUCCUACGGGCAGCAAGCAAUUUCAGUUAACGAGUUUAUUGCUAAAAGAUGGAUGGAGAGGUCAGCUGGAAACACCACUCUUGGAAAUAUGAUUCUGCAGAUUCAUAGUUUACCCAGUAAUGGUUAUUGGUAUUGGCUUGGAGUAGCUGCUUUACUAGGAUAUACUUUGUUUUUCAACAUUACAGUGACAGCAGCACUUUCCUUUCUCAAUCCUAUUCAAAAAUCACAGACAAUUAUCCCCCCGGAAGAACAUUCAUCUACCCGUGCUGAAAAGGGCAGACCUAAUACGACAUCAGGCAUUGAUGGAAUAGAAAAGAAAGGAAUGAUUCUACCAUUUAAACCAUUAACCUUAACGUUCCAUAAUGUCAACUACUUUGUUGAUAUGCCCAAGGAGAUGAGUUCACAAGGUGUAACGGAGACAAGAUUGCAACUCUUGUCGAAUGUCAGUGGAGUAUUCUCACCUGGAGUUCUGGCAGCAUUAAUGGGAUCAAGUGGAGCAGGGAAGACAACGUUAAUGGAUGUUCUUGCUGGUAGGAAGACUGGCGGGUAUAUAGAAGGAGAUGUUAGAAUCUCUGGUUACCUCAAGGAACAAAGCACUUUUGCCAGAAUAUCAGGAUAUGUUGAACAAAGCGAUAUACAUUCACCUCAGGUCACAGUUAUGGAGUCUCUAUGGUUUUCUUCAGUUCUUCGGCUUCCAAAGGAAGUGAAUAAAAGACAAAGAGAAGAUUUUGUUGAAGAGGUAAUGCAGUUAGUGGAGCUGGACUCCCUAAGGCAUGCUUUGGUAGGAUUGCCGGGGAGUACAGGUUUAUCCACGGAACAAAGAAAACGUCUGACAAUUGCAGUGGAGCUUGUUUCUAAUCCGUCGAUAAUCUUUAUGGACGAACCUACAUCUGGCCUUGAUGCAAGAGCAGCAGCUAUUGUCAUGCGGACAGUUCGAAAUACUGUUGAUACUGGGAGAACUGUGGUUUGCACGAUACAUCAACCGAGUAUUGAGAUAUUUGAAGCAUUCGAUGAGCUGCUUCUUAUGAAGCGAGGGGGGAGAAUGAUAUACGGUGGCAAGCUUGGUGAGAAAUCACAAACCAUGAUAAACUAUUUUCAGGGAAUAAGUGGAGUUCCUUCGAUACCUGAUGGUUGCAACCCGGCAACUUGGAUGCUUGAGAUAAGCUCACCUACUGUUGAAGAGAGGAUUCAUCAAGACUUUGCUGUCAUUUAUCAAAACUCACAGCAGUAUCGGGAUGUUGAAGCUUCGAUCCAGAGUCUCAGUCUUCCACCUGAAAACUCGGAACCUCUGAAAUUUAAUUCAACAUAUUCCAAAGACGUAUUUUCUCAAUUCAGAAUAUGCCUCUCGAAGCAAAACCUUGUCUACUGGAGGAGUCCUGCAUAUAAUGCAGUGCGAAUGUUCUUUACAACACUAAGUGCUAUUAUUAUCGGCACUGUAUUCUGGGAUGUCGGUUCAAAAAGAGACUCAAGUCAAAACUUGAUGGUUGUGAUGGGCGCUCUUUAUGCUUCUGUUAUGUUUCUUGGGAUUAACAAUUCAUCUUCCGUACAACCAGUAGUCUCUAUUGAGAGGACAGUUUUUUACAGAGAGAGAGCUGCUGGAAUGUACUCUCCAUUUCCUUUCGCAUUUGCCCAGGGCAUUGUGGAGAUUCCAUACAUUCUAGCACAAACUAUAGUCUAUGGAAUCAUUACAUACUUCAUGAUAAACUUCGAGAGGACAGCAGGCAAAUUUUUCAUGUACCUCCUUUUCAUGUUCCUAACCUUCACAUACUUCACCUUCUACGGUAUGAUGGUUGUUGGACUUACUCCCAACCAGAGCUUUGCUUCAGUCGUCGCCUCCUUGUUUUACUCACUGUGGAAUCUCCUCUCCGGCUUCCUCGUCCCAAAACCAAACAUUCCUGGGUGGUGGAUAUGGUUCUACUACAUCUGCCCUAUAGCGUGGACGUUACGUGGCAUAAUCACAUCCCAACUAGGCGACGUAGAGACAACAAUCAGAGGGCAGGAUUUUGAAGGCAGUGUGAAAGACUUCAUCAAUGUGCAUUAUGGUUAUGAUUCAGGGAUGCUUGGAGUAUCAGUUGCUGUGCUUGUUGCAUUCAGCCUCCUAUUUUUCGGAGUUUUCGCCAUUUCUGUUAAAGUUCUCAACUUCCAGAGAAGAUGAUUCAAGGGUGGCUGCUGCUGACUCUACUACUAUAUAUUACAGGGAUCCCUUCAUCAAAACUGGUGAACUACUGCUAGCUCCUUUACUACUGCUCAUACAAAUAUGCAAUAUUGUCUCUCUAUGUCUGAUUUUGUCAAAUAUAUAACCUUUGAUAUGCUUGUGAGCGAAAUUGAAAUGCUAGAGGUUAGUAUCACUAUAAGAAGAUCAGAUGAAAUGCCAACCUCUUGUUCCAUUA